AGACAGUACUGCUAUGAUGACAUGUGGUAUGCGCAAAAUGCGUAAGCAUGAGGACACCAAUGAGUUUUAAUGGAAUUUUAAAAGUUAUGUUUUAAUUGCUGAUUGCUGAAUAGUGUUGAGCGGCAGGGGAAAUAUUCGAUAUUAUAUAAUAUAUAUAAUAUAUGGCUGAAUAUUUGUCAUAUAUUCGUGAAUUCGCUAUCUUCGUUCACAUUUUUUUUUUCACUACUAAAAUCGCAAUAUAAAAUUUGCUUAAUGCGCAUGGGCAAAAAGGACCGUGGCCUAGCAACUGUUUUCGAACUACCCGAAGUUUGAGGAGAUUGGAAAAGAUGGUCGGAAGCAAUUUUCGAGACAGUGAGGAAGAACUCCUGAUUACUCGCAUGUUGGAGCGGGGCUAUGACCGGACCCGGGUCCACGCUGAGAAGCAGGCCAUUGUAAGUGAGAUCCGUUCCGAGCUCAAGAGGAAGUUUAAGGGCAAUCACCCUAGGAUGGCCAUAUAAAAAAAAAAUGGUCGGAUUUGAAGAGGAGAAAUUCGGAGCGGAUCAGAGAGAUGCGUGACAGAAUAUGCCCAGCCAGCUACACAAAUUAGAACAUGAACUCGACGAUAAACGACUCUGCCAUCGAUGACCUCUACAAUUAUAUGUAUGAUUAUGACGACUUUGAAGAGGGACCUCACAAUGAAGUACAAAUGCAUGCACUCCAUGUGGCAUCUCUAGUGAUUUACUCGCUAGCCUUUCUUCUCGGGGUACCAGGGAAUGUCAUGGUUAUCUGGUUCACUGGAUUUAAAUGGAAGAAAACUGUAAGCACUAUCUGGUUUCUCAAUCUGGCCGUUGCAGAUUUAAUCUUUGUAUUGUUCCUGCCACUGCACAUCACAUAUGUGGCUACCAACUUCCACUGGCCUUUUGGGAAGCUACUUUGCAAACUGAAUUCUUUCAUUGCUAUUCUAAAUAUGUUUGCAAGUGUAUUCUUUCUAACAGUAAUUUGCCUGGACAAAUACAUAUCGUUGGUUUGGCCAAGCAUACAGAGGCAUCGGACAGUGAAGAUAUCAGGAGUUGUAAGCGGCUUUGUGUGGUCGAUAGCUACUUUUAUUGCUAGCCCUUCCUUGUACUUCAGAGACACAGAGAUGAAGAGGUCUACUAUUGUAUGCUUCAACCAUUUCCAUGAAACAGAUUACUUUAUUGUCCACAAGAUCCAUACCUCACUAACUCUGGUAAAGUUUUUCGUUGGGUAUCUCUUCCCUUUGCUAACCAUGGUUACCUGUUAUACAAUCCUAUCCAUCCGGAUGAAGAGACGAGCCACACAAACAAACAGUAAAUUCUUCUGGAUGGUCCUAGCUAUUGUGGUCGCCUUUUUCCUUUGUUGGACUCCUUAUCACAUAUUUAGCUUGCUGGAAUUGCAUAUUCACCAUAGUGACGCAUAUAGUGAGUGGCUUAGGAUUGGAAUCCCCAUUUCUACUAGCCUGGCCUUUGUUAACAGUUGCGUUAAUCCCAUCCUUUAUGUUCUAAUAAGUAAAGCAUUCCGGACACAUUUAGAGGCCUCGCUAGCAGAGAUAUUUAAGAACACAAUACGAGACAUUAGCCAGACAGGCAUUAAAAGUGAUGACAUGGUCCUCUCGGAGAACAAUUUUACACUUCUUGAAACAAUGACUUGAAGCACAUGAAUAUAAAAAAGUUAUAUAUAUUAUCUAAAUCUAGAUAUUAUAUCAAUAUGUAAAUUGUCUAUCAGAUACUUUUAGGAAUUAUAUAAAUACGAUUUUAAACAUUCAUACGUGUUAUAUGACGGCAUAAGACACUCAUAUACUGCAGAUAACAGACCUACAACUAUUUCCAUAGUAAAAGAGGGCU